UCUUUCGAACAUGGUUUUCGUAGUGGAAUUUCAAAUUCGAAUGCAUGUGCAAAAACAUUAGUUUUGUGCACUUACUCACACCGAAAGACUGACUUUUUCAUCUCAUUACCAACAGCACACUUUCUUCUGUGAUAUAAUUUUUCCUUUUUUGACUGAUGUUUUAGAAAUAAUUGUUUAGUUUUGCUUUAAAAAAUUGUAGAAUACGAAGUUUAUUGUGAAUUCAUUUUUCAACCUAAGUUCUUUACUUUUUUUUUUGUUAUUUAUUUGGAACGAUUUACAGUCACUUUCGGUUUGAUUGCUUGAAAAAGUCACGAAACAACCAUAAAAAUGCCAGCAACAAGGAGUUCACGAAUUACGACAUACACGGAACAGAAUCGCUUAAAUCGUCAACGAAGUGGUUCACAAACGACAUUGGAUUCAAACGACCGUCGUCAAACGUAUGGUGGAAUGCGGCGCUCCACAAGCAGUGUCAAUCUGCGUACACCGCGGCGUACUCCGCGCCACAACAGCCGAUCGCCGGGCAAUCGAACACCGUCCUCUGUCACCUCUCUAACGUCGAACACCGAACAACACCGGCGCAUGGCCGGCGAGAAUACAGCUAAAGUAAUGGAAUUGAUUCAAUCAUUUCGGUCAUUUUUCAAAAAUCUGAACCUCGGCAAUGGCGGCCUAAGGACCAUGACACUCAAUCAAUUCAUUGACAUCAUUUCCAUUUUGAUGGUGAGAAUCGGCGGCAAAGCGACUAUCUCGAAAAUUCGCAACAACCACGAAGAAGUGAUCAUAAACCUUCUGAAGAACGUGAAAUAUCCGUAUGUCGUGAAUAAAUCAUGCUUGAAGACACCAAAUGCACACGGUUCAUAUCCCGAGGUAAUAGCAAUUUUGGCCUACCUCUGCGAUUUGGUUCGUGACAUCAAGAAUCACCAACCCAGCGACGUGCCAUUAAUACCAUGCGAUCAAUUGAUGAAUACUGACCAUAUGUUGCUAUUCGACAGCGAAGUCAACCGAAAUUACUACGAUCUGUAUAUAAACGAGCCACCACGGAAAUUGGAUGAAGGAUUCCCGUUGGACAAAGAAGGCGAAAUUAAAUUGGUCAAUGGGUAUAUAGCUGCAAAAAUGAAGCAAGUAGGUUUAACCGUUGAAGAAUUGGCGGCUAGAACGGACAAACUAAAGGUAUCAAGCGAAGAGUUGGAACGAAAUCUGGUUGUAUCCGAUUGCGAGAAGUAUUUCAAUAGCAUCGAAGAGCAAUUGGCCGAAAAGGAGCGGGAAUAUGUUAAGAUACAGGAGAUUUUGGUUGAAAAGCGUAAAUAUUUAAAAAUGGUCAACAUGACAUAUGAUGAGAAAGCACGAAAGUUGGCGGCCAAAAAGGCUGAACUCCAGAAUUUGAUGCGCCAAAUUGAGAAUCAAACCUAUACAACGCUUGAUAUCAAACAGUUGAUUGCCAAAGAAACAUCGAUUAAAAACUCCAUCGCCAUGAUUCAAAAUGAAACGGGCGCAAUUCAAGUGGAAGCGGUCGAUGAUCAGGUGAAAUUGGCCCGAUUGCAAAAACUCAAAAUGGAUGGCAUUCAAAAAUUCAACGAAUUUACAUUUCACAUCACAAAAAUACUCAUGCAAAGCCGAUCAUUUCAACAGCUCAAUAUAAUUGAUUACACCAUCGAUCCGACCGCAUCGACCGAAACCAUACAGAACAUGUGCCUACGGCUGAAUCGACUCAACGAAAUAUGUGCACAAGUCAAACAGGAGCACAUCAAACAAAUUGAACAGAACAAGGUCGCACUCGCCGAAUACAAGUCACAACACAGCCGAUUGAUGGAGAAAUACUCCAAUCAAAUGGCCGUAAUGCAAAAGGCCAACAAAAAACUCGAGAUUUCCAAUCAAAAAUGUGCCAACUAUGAAACAGAAGGAUCAUCAAGUGUGGCCAAGUUGAAACGUGUGAUUAACGAAAAAAUCGCCACUAAACAACGAAUCGAUGACGAAAUUACGGUGCUACGAAAAAAGAUCGACGAAUUGGAGAUCAAAAAUGUUCAAUUGUUUGAGGAUGGCGAACGGCAAGCCUACGAAAUUAUUCAAGCCAAACAAACGCUUUGUCGCGAAUUGGACGAAUUGAACAACUACAUCGAUGAUUGCACUUAUGACAUCUAGAAUCGCAAGCAAUUUUUUUAGAAUAAGGCCCAUUCAAUGAGCUCAUGAACAACAUUAAUCUCGAUUACUCUUUUCAACAGUUUUUUUUCUUGAUUUUUCUUUGCUUUUUUUCAUUUUACUUCAAUUUAUUUGUCUAAUUGUUCAUUUUAAUCUAAAUUAUUUUCGCUUAUGACGACCUUUGGCCAACAAAAAUAAGUUUUCAUUGAAUUUUUGUCCAAAAAUAUCCCCCUUUUUGACGAGAAGUUGCUAAUUUGAACGAAGAAACGAUUUUUUCUUUUUUGAAUUGAUAAAUAAAUCUGCGACUGAAAAGACACAACAAA